CGGUAGGUUUACGUUCUUGACUAAUUUCAGCUUAAGAAUCAAAAUAAAAAAUUAAAAAAUCCCGCUCUUGGGAAAUCAGCUUUUUCUAUUGUCCAAAUUUUCGCAAUUCUUGGGGGAAAUCCGUAACAUGAGUAUAACAAAUGGCAAUCGAACCGCGGUAUUCAAAAAACAAUUAUCCCUGAGUUCCUUUCUCGGCAGUAAAGAGCCUAGGAAUGACCACACGAAGCUUGAUGGUUCAGAUAAAUCUUCCACACAAAGUUUAGCAGGUGUGGCCAUGAAGGGCAACUUGGACGAUAAGGCGGUAAAGGAUGCCAAGAGUCUCGCUUACGCUCCUCUGCGAAAACAGCAGUCAAAAAAAAUGAUGAACCCCAUAUUUCUGGAUUCUUCAACGGACGACAGCGAGACAGAUGAAGAGAAACAACCAGCAUAUCAUAAAACCAAUCCUAAUAAAACAGCAAAGGCAACCGUACAACGCUACACAUUUGAUGACUGCAGCCAAGCACCUGUAGCUCCUUUAAAACCAAGAGAAAAUACCAAAAGCUCUCAUAAUAGUUCAAAAUAUAUUUCUUUAGACACAAGCUAUAAUGAAAGCAGUCCUAGGGCGAAGGAAAAUAUUAAAGGAAAGGAUAAAGCCGCUGCGAAUAACAAAGGAAAUAGCAAGGACGUGGGCUACAAAUUUGACUGCCUGGAAAAAACGCCCGAAAAGGCUAAGCCCUUAACGAAAGUGAAGAAAAAGUUAUCGGAACCGGAAUCUCCACAAAUAUGCGGAAGCGGCGGCGCAAAGACUUCCCAAAGUGGUAUGAUGGUUACAAAAAAUAAAGAGAAGGAGGUUUCCACAAAAUAUUCCAAACUGGCUGAUUACCAUUCUGCGCACAAAACUCCAACUAAGAAUAUAAGUAGCAAAUCGCCCAUAAAAAAGGAUGCUGGUGACAAUAAAGAUUUAAAAUUUGAUUCACCAAAGGGACUAACUAAUGGCCACAUAGGCAAAAAGCUUGAGGAAAAAUUGUCCUUAUUUGAUAUGAUGCCGCUGCCGGUGCCUAAAAGCAAACCAAAGCAAUUGAGUCAGGAAUCGCCUUCCAAAAAAAGUAACGAGAGAAAAAUAAAUGACUCACUGAGUUGCAGAAAAGAUUCUGAAAAGUCGCCUUUUAAAACCGAGCGAUAUAUGUUUAAUGGCUCUAAACAUAAUGAGGAUAAUACAAAAACUCCGAGUAAGCCAAAAAUAGUCAUUGAUGCUCAGCUGCCUGAUUACAUAAAUAAGGUCGAACAAGAUUCGACAUUUAAAAGAAGUACAAAAGACGCUUCGGAUAUAGAGUUGAAGACAAGCACAACGUUCCUCAAAUCCAUUCAAUUCGAGUUAUUGGAGAAGUAUGUUCAGAUCGUUGAUCAAAUCCCAGUAAAUUAUUUCAGUGGGAUUGAUGGUUUCGACACCAACAUAUUUCUGCGCUUGAAGACUAUGCGAAAUAAAAUAAAAGCGCGAACGAAACUUGUCGAAAAAGAGUUAGAGAAACGAGCGGCGAGCGUCCGAGAUCAGCAGCAAAAUGAAUGUAAUCUGGACUACGAUGCGUUGGAGGAAGAAGAAAUGCAAAUGCGUGAGGAAAGCAAAUGGCAAGCGGAGACAAAGUCAAUGACCAGUACACCCCAGAGUAUUUUCAACAACGCCCAAAAACCCCUCUUUUCCUCAGGCCAAAAAGAAAUCAGCGCGUCACGGACACCUGAUUUGCAUGAGAUGUUCGGCAACGAUGCGUCUGGGCCUGAGGAGAGUACUGACGACGAAGAGCAGCAGCGGGCAUAUUUAACACAAGCCGCCGCUUUAGACGUAGAGGAGUUGAGCAGCAAUCCAAAAGAAAUAUUGAGUCUAAAUUCUACUAAACUGGCAGAAGAAGACGAAGAUGAUUUGGAGGCUUUAAUAGCAGAUAUACACGAUCAAGAGGAUUCGCUUCGUGGACGAAAAUCAGAAUACAAUAAUUAUGCUUAUAAAGAUUUCGAAGAUCAAGCUACACCUAAGAAUCAAUCGAGUUCUAAGAAAGAAAACGUUGCUGCGAAUACAGUUACACCCGAUGAACUGCAGAUAUGGUCAACUCAAACCGACGACGAUGGUUGGCAAGUGUAUGAUCCCGAGAAGUUUGAAAUAGCAGCCUCACAGGCUGUACUUUUGGAUUCACCAGUAUCAAAAUCGUCCGUCCCAAAUACAAAUACCAUUGUGCCCACAAUUAAUAUAACGCUUAGCGAAGAUGAAGACUACAACAUGCCUUCGACGAGUGCCGCAAGUAUGAGAAGGCGUAAUGCGUCUAUAGCGAUCGCAUCCAGUCCAUCUCCAGUAAAAGAAUUCAAUAGUAUGCAAAGACAAAAUGCGCCUAUAACGAUUGCAUCCAGCCCAUCUCCCGUGAAAGUUGCGCAGAAAGUAGCUGGGAAUUUCCAUGCUGAUACACAUAACGAUGGCAUAACUGGUGAAUUCGACGGUUAUAAUUACCCACACGCGCAAGCUGUCAAAGAUGCUUUGAAGAGCAAUUUCGGACUGAAAAGUUUUCGACCCAAUCAAUUGCAGGUGAUCAACGCGGCCUUGUUGGGACAUGACUGUUUUGUGCUGAUGCCUACCGGUGGCGGAAAGUCUCUUUGUUACCAGCUACCGGCAUUGUUAACUGAAGGCGUGACACUUGUCAUCAGUCCUUUAAAGUCUCUGAUUCUGGAUCAGGUUAAUAAAUUGGAAUCGCUUGAUAUAUAUGCCAAAAGUUUGUCCGGUACUCAAACUCUGCAGGAAGUGCGUGCCAUCUUUUGUGAUUUAAAAACCAUGCCGCCACGUAUCAAAAUUCUUUAUGUGACGCCGGAGAAAAUCUCCAGUUCUCCUCAAUUCCAGGACGCACUUGAUGAUUUGUACGCCACUAAUCACAUUAGUCGUUUUGUCAUUGAUGAGGCGCAUUGUGUGUCGCAGUGGGGGCAUGAUUUUCGCCCAGAUUACAAGCGACUUGGCAUAUUACGUAAACGUUUCCCCAAAGUGCCCACUAUGGCGCUUACUGCCACGGCUACUCCACGCGUGCGCAUUGAUAUACUCCGCCAAUUGCACUUAACACACACCAAGUGGUUCUUAUCUAGUUUUAAUCGUAGUAAUCUAAAGUAUUCGGUAUUGCCUAAGCGUGGCAUCAGCACUUUGGAUGAUAUAAAAUCUUUUAUACACUCACGUCCCUCCAACUGGAGUGGUAUAAUUUACUGUUUAUCGCGUAAGGAAUGCGAAGAUGUAGCUAAUAAAUUGCACACUGUUGGCAUAAAGUCACUAGCUUAUCAUGCCGGGUUGACCGAUGCGAUCCGCGAGACUCGUCAAAAGGACUGGCUCACUGGUAAAGUGCGAGUGAUAUGUGCGACAAUAGCAUUUGGUAUGGGCAUUGAUAAACCUGAUGUACGUUUUGUGCUACACUAUUCUCUGCCAAAAGCUAUUGAAGGCUAUUACCAGGAGGCAGGGCGAGCGGGACGCGAUGGUGAUGUGGCCCACUGUAUACUUUACUACAAUUAUUCAGAUAUGAUGAGGAUGAAAAAAUUGUUGGACUUGGAUAAUACUGUGGGUUUGGAAGUGAAGAAGAUACAUUUAGAUAAUUUGAAUCGCAUUGUGGGAUACUGUGAAAACGUCACAGACUGUCGGCGUGCGCAACAACUGGACUACUUUGGCGAGCAUUUCACCAGCGAACAAUGUCUGGAACGACGAGAAACAGCCUGUGAUAAUUGCCUUAAAAAGCAGAGUUAUCAGGAAAUAAAUGUUUUGGAGCAGUGUCGAAAGGUGGCACAUGCUAUUAAAGACAUAUGUGGCGGCCGCUCGCGCUUUACCCUGUUAUAUAUUGCUGAUGUGCUCAAAGGUUCUCUGAUCAAACGCAUCGUGGAAUUUCAUCACGAUAAAACUGCACAUCACGGCAUUUUCAAAGAUUGGGACAAAUCGGAUAUACAGCGCUUAUUGCGUAAAAUGGUUCUAGAGGGCUUUUUGCGCGAAGACUUAAUAUUUUCGAAUGAUAUUCCACAGGCGUAUAUUUAUUUAGGUCCCAAAGUCCAGGCGUUAAUGCAGGAUAGCAUACCAUUAACUUUCGCCGUUUCACGUAAAGAAAGUAUGAAACGUACAUUGCCCGGCUUUAGCAGUGGCACUGCUAUUGUCGCAAAUCAGAGUGCAGCUGCUUCAGCUGGUGCCUCACGAAUACGUUCAAUUUACGAACGUUGCUAUGCGGACCUCUUGGAUUUGUGCCGAACAAUAGCUGCAGCACGCAGCGUCACUAUGGCUAGUAUAAUGAAUAUGCAAGCAUUAAAAGCAAUGUCUGAAACACUGCCUGAGUCGGAGAGUGAUAUGUUGAGCAUACCGCAUGUUACUAAAGCGAAUUUUGACAAAUAUGGCAGUAAAAUGUUAGAAAUUACUCGUAAUUAUGCUGCCGAAAAGCUGUGUUUGCUGAUGGAUCUAGAAGACGCGCACCAGCAACAGCAGAAACCCAGUACUACUACAGCGGGAAAUGCACGUGUACAAACAACUAAUUCGUACGAUUCUGAAGAGGAUGACGGAGUCAGUUGGGCAUCGGUAGCAGCCUCCCAGGGUACUUCGCAAAGCAGUGGUGGUCGUAAACGUAAACGUGCAUGGAACAGUGGUGGGGCUAAGCGUGCUAAAAAGGCUACAAGUUGGGCAGUGAGCAACAAGAGCCCCAAAAAACGUGCGUCGUCAAAAGCUAGAGGUGGCAGCACUGCUUCACCAAGAGCUGGACGGCGAAAAACUGUUGCCAGCACUAGCGGCAAAGGCAGAGGAGGAGCCAACAAAGGUGGUAACAACGCGUGGUUGUGCAAGAAGUCAAGUUCUAGUGGUGGUUUCGAGUUAAUGCCUAUGCCGAAGUCGAAAUAGCCAACUGUAAGCUCAAGUAGUCUGCGUACAAAACUCUUAGCUGAUAGGAUGUGUACUAACAUUGUUUGUAUUUUUUUAAGUUUCA